AUUGCCAAAGAAAACCCUCCAAGAUAUGGGUGUGACUGAGGAGAGCAGAUGUCCUUUUUAGACUCUCCAUUUGCUUAGGGGAAGGGGAGCAAUGUUCCUCGCUUCCUGUUCAGGCACGAUCAUACAGCUGCACUUCCUGCUCUGCCCUCUCCUGCUCUGCCCUCGUUCCUGUGGACUCUGCCUCCUAACUGUGGAGAUGCCCCAGCGAGUCCAGGGUCCUGGAGCCAGGAAAGAAAAAACAUGAAUGCCAGGGAGCUCGCCUUAGCUUCUAUGAUACAUGACACCAGCUGGCCUGGGGAGCUGCCUGUGGGUCACCGGCUGAGGAGGAAGAAGGACUGGUCCUGGUCGCUCGUCGUGGCCGCUCUCGUGGGAGCCUUCGGAUCUUCCUUCCUCUAUGGGUACAACCUCUCCGUGGUGAACGCGCCCACGCCGUAUAUCAAGGCCUUUUACAAUGAAACCUGGUACAGAAGGCAUGGACAUCCCAUAAACCCGGAUACCUUGACCCUGCUCUGGUCUGUGACUGUGUCCAUAUUUGCAAUUGGUGGCCUGGUGGGGACGCUGCUGGUGAAGUUCAUCGGAAAGUUUAUUGGGAGGAAGUACACACUGCUGGUUAAUAAUGGAUUUGCAAUUUGUGCAGCAUUGCUGAUGGCCUGCUCACUCCAGGCAGGAGUCUUUGAAAUGCUCAUUGUGGGACGCUUCAUCAUGGGCGUGGAUGGAGGUAUUGCGCUCAGUGCACUACCCAUGUACCUCAAUGAGAUCGCACCCAAGGAGAUCCGAGGCUCACUGGGCCAGGUGACAGCCAUCUUCAUCUGCAUUGGCGUGUUUGUUGGGCAGCUUCUGGGCUUGCCUGAGCUCCUGGGAAAGGAGAGCACCUGGCCAUACUUGUUUGGAGUGAUCGUUGUCCCUGCCUUGGUCCAGCUGGCCAGCCUGCCAUUUCUCCCUGAGAGCCCACGCUACCUCCUCCUUGAAAAGCAUGACGAGUCAGGAGCCAUGAAAGCCUUCCAAACAUUUCUGGGCAAAGUAGAUGUCUCCCAAGAGCUGGAGGAGGCCCUGGCCGAAAGCCGUGUGCAGAGGAACCUCCAUCUGCUGUCAGUGCUGGAGCUGCUGAGGGCACCUUUUGUCCGCUGGCAGGUCAUCACUGUCGUCAUCACCAUGGCUAGCUACCAGCUAUGUGGACUCAAUGCGAUCUGGUUCUACACCAAUAGCAUCUUUGGGAAAGCUGGGAUCUCUCGAGACAAGAUCCCAUACAUCACCUUGAGCACUGGUGGAAUUGAGACUCUAGCUGCCAUCUUCUCUGGCCUGGUCGUGGAGCGCCUAGGACGGAGACCUCUCCUCAUUGGUGGCUUUGGGCUGAUGGCUCUCUUCUUUGGGACCCUCACUGUGACACUGACCUUGCAGGACCAAGCUCCCUGGAUCCCUUACCUAAGUAUUGUGUGCAUCUUGGCCAUCAUCGCUUCAUUCUGCAGUGGCCCAGGUGGGAUCCCAUUCAUCCUGACCGGAGAGUUCUUCCAGCAGUCAGAGAGGCCGGCAGCCUUCAUUGUCGCAGGCACAGUCAACUGGCUCUCCAACUUCGCUGUGGGGCUCCUUUUCCCCUUCAUCCAGAAAAGCCUGGACUCCUACUGCUUCCUUGUCUUUGGCACAGUGUGUAUCGCAGGGGCUGUCUACUUCUAUUUUGUCCUCCCUGAAACCAAGAACAGAACCCAUGCAGAAAUCAGCCAGUCCUUUGCAAAGAGGAACAAGACUCAUCCCCCAGAGGUGAAGACUGACUCAACCGUGGCAGAGGAAAAGGCUAAUGGCCAGCCUGAGACAGAUCUGUCAUCCACACUGGACAGCCAAGGCCAAAACCAAACACCUAAAUGUGUGUUCUCACUGCAGUAGCCUAAGGCCUUCCCAAAACUUAGAAGGUUUCAGCUGAUGGAAGCCAUAUGAGACUCUCAUACUGAGAUAUUAGAAAGAAGCCUGUGUGAAUCAGGCCUCACAGCCAUGUCUUCAUAGCUGCCCCUUCCAAACUCCCUGGGAAGCAUUCCUCAGGUCUGGUACACUCAGCAUCCCAUAUAGACUAAAGGCCGCCUUCUUCGUGACUAAACACAUAGUUUUCAAAUAAAAUUGGGAAUCAGAUUGCCUACUCAAAGUAAAGCCUUCUGAUCUGAUGAACACGCAUUGUAAAGGGAACAGUAGUCUAGGGCUUGUCCCAGCUGUGAUGUUGCUAAGCAACCCUGACCUGCCCUUGGCCUCCAGCCUCCAGGGAUCAGGACCUUGGUCCUGCAUGGAGGCUUUCUGACUUCUGUGGGAAGAUCCUUUAUCCACACUAACAAAUGCCUGUUGCUGAUCUGCCUCUGCCCUGUGGACCUGAGGCUUAGGAACACCUCAUACCAACCCACCAUGCUGCUGAUCCUACCAAGACAAGCUUUGUCCCCAGUGCCCAAGGCUGCCAGGUCUGAGGCUGUCAUUAGAUCAUACUGUUACAGAGAGCACAACAGAAGAUCAAUAAAUAAUAUGAGAAUGAACUUUCUAGCAACUAGAGGGCAGAGACUGCAAGUUGAGCUCUAAACCCUGAGAAUGACUCUGAGACUAAACCUAGGUUUGAUGGGAAGGAACACUGGGAUUGAUUGGUAAUGCCUGCCUGGAUGCAGGCAUGACAGUCUCUGCUCCUGAGCCUCAUGUUUGCAAUAUGAAGGAGAUUCAUCUUCAGAGGUCAAAAGAUGCCUGGAAAGACACUCGCCAUCACUCAUAGUGCUCAGGUGAAGGCUGGGAGAAUCACCUCCUCAACAGUUGUCAAGGUAGUCAGAGUCGGUUCUAGAAUAGGGUGAUGAGUGGGUGUCUGGUUGGAGCAACUUACAUCUUGCCAUCAUCAUGUGUGGUUCAUCAUUUGGCUGAGUCCCUUCUUCUGCCUCCAAAAAAAAUACCUAUGACAAAUGUCAUAAGCAUAUGGCAGGUAUUUAAACUGGCAUUGGCAUGUUUAAGGAUGCCUCAGAAGGCAUAGUACCCAGAUGGGCUAAGUCCCCAGACCAGGCAGCACUGCUGUUUUCCUGACUGUUCUAGACAAGGGUAACCUUAACCAAAACCCGAGUUCUGAUUUUCCCUUCCCUGUUGAACACUCUGUAUCAGCUUCUCCAUGGGUGCAUUCCCAGCUCAGGGCACCAUGCCAUCCUGCAUUGGUUUGAAUAGUGUGUUUAAGUAUAGAGAGAAAGUAACACACGGAUUCGACAAGUGCCCAUCACAAAGUGAGCCAAAGAAAUUAUAAAGCAGAAAUCCUAACAUUUGAAAGCUGUCAUUCACUUGGCGAUUUAAGUAUUCUGCCAAUAAAUAUUUAUUAGUCAGUACCUAGCCUGUCUUGGCAGGGUACUGAAGGUGGAUCUAUGGGCAAGGAAAUGUCCAGCCCUGACCUACACACUCAUGUUUCACAGAGAAGAUGGAAAGUCAAAGCACCAGUGGUGAGGUGCAGUACCAUCAGUAUGGGGGAACAGUGGUAUGGGGACAUGUAGCAUAAAGAGUUGGGGUGGCAGCUGAGAAAGAGGAAUGUCUUCCCAGGCAAGGGACAGAGCAGAGCCAGGACCGUUGUGACCAUGAGGCCAGAGGCCAGUGACUAUUUUUGCUUGUUCCUAUUUUUGAAAUUGUAAUGAAGCCACACUAAGGGCAUUUUUUGAAAAAUGAAUCUCAUAAUAAAACUGAUCAUCUCACACGCUUUAUCAUUUUAUUUUUUACAUAGCCCUGUCCAUUUCCUGCCUGUUAUUAAUCCACUUACAAACACA